AUGUCUUCGAUAGCAUACCUGAUGUCGACAUUGUUUUCAACAGACCAAAGAGACCGAGACAUGAAAAGCGAUCUAAGAAAGACGGACAAAGCAGCCAAGGGAGAAGGGAAGGUGAAAGAUGUGAAGAAGUCCAACCCCGGAGUGGAAUCGAAGAAAAGGAAAGCAGAGACUGGCGUGAAGCUCGAAAUGUCACCUGAUGUCGUAGUCCCAGACUUGCAGGAAGUUGCUUCACAGGAAGUGAAGAAACCAAAACUAACUCAUGAAAUUUUAUCAUCCUCGACGGAUGCCACAACUAAAGACGAGCGGGCAUCAAGGCAGCACGAAAAUCUUGAAAACGAGCAGAAACCAAAGGACAUUGUAUUCACAGCCUCAGUAUCAUCGACAAACUUUGAAAAUGAAGUCAGGACAAGACUGCCUGAGACAACACCCUUGAAGAAUUCGGAGAUCAGUGAUAAGACAGCUGAGAACGCCAAUAACAAGGAGCAACAUUCCACAGAACAAACGACUGAGUAUCAAGGAGCAGCCGAAUCUUCGGAUCGAGAUACUCAGUUAGAGGGUCUCUGCAAUGAGACGGAAAGGCACAUAGAUGGUUUGCUGGAGGAUCAGUUCAAGGAGAUACAGAGCAUGCUGUGCGAUUAUGACAAGGACCUCAGCAUUGACAAGACUCGGGACGUGAUGAAGCUUCUCAAGUUUCAGCACCUCUCUGUGGAUCAGACCUCCAUGCUGAUCCAAAACUUGUGGAAACUGACUGAACUGUUCAUCGAGCUCGAGAAGUUCAAGGAGGCGGUCGACUGUCAGCUCGUGAGCUCCGUGCUAGGGUCUAAGGCAGACGAUGACCUAGAAGGUGGUGUAGAGGAGAGCAGCCAAGAGAUGGAGGAGGGUGAGUUGCAAGCAAGCCAGUCAGACCGCCAAGACACAGUUGUCGAGAUCAACAGAAGGAGGGAGGGAGAUGUCCCUAACACGAACUCUCUCAGUUUGCAGACACGGAUCGACUUGAAGGAGAAAGGGUACUUGCCUGAACGAGAUUAUACAUGCGACAUCGUGAUCAACAGCACGAACAUGGAAGAAUGGCAGGCUUUCGUGACGUUAAAGAUAUUCAAGCUGGGAUUGAGCUUUGAGGCGAAAAGUUCAAAUGAAGCUUCGAGGGAUGCGGCGAAAAAAGGCGCAUUUGAAAACCUAGAAGCUCGUAUACACGAGAGGGCCUCUGACCUCAAGCCCAACCAUGAGACUCUAAAGAGAAGCAAGAGUGAGUUGUUUGAGCCGGUCACUUGGGAAGGAGUCAUCCAGAUCCAGGUUGGGAAAGAGGAAAAUUUGAACAAAUGCAGGAAAUUACAAGGCCCAGUUGAAAAGUGGACCAGCAUCCGAUUUGAUCAAGUCAUGGCCAGGAGAGUUUGCUUUGAGAUUGCGGAUGCUGAGCACUGCAAGAAGCUGAUCAAGAACAGGCCUUCGAAGUGCAAAGUCUCUGUAGUCGAAAGUGGAAAAGCAGGAUGCUUGAAAUCAACACGCAACCUCUACUGCUACAAGGCCUAUCUUUUUGGGUCUAACAGCCAGAUUCAGAAGAGGCAAGGGACCCCUCAGGAUUCGUUUGUUUGUUUCAUAAUAUCGGAUGAGACUUCAAAGACCCUGCAGGAUCAAACUAUCCGUUGCAAGCAGUGCCACCAAAAUUUUGUUUUGACAGUGGGAGAGCAAGAGUUCUUCUUGGAAGAAGCGCAAAGAGAAAUGAUGGACAAUCCCAGAGCGUUGAGCUCCUUUCAAAGUCUGUAA